AUGGCGACAAUGAAGGCGAUAGAUAUCAAAGAUGGCAAGGGUCCCAUUGAAAACCUGUUCAUCAACGACAAGACCCCGCGCCCCAAACCCACUCACGCCCAGGCGUUGAUCAAAGUGAAGGCGUUCGGGUUGAACCGUAUGGACCUCCUGCAGCGCGAGGGGCUGUACCCAGUACCCCCGCACGCGACCAAAAUCAUGGGCGUCGAGUUCAGCGGCGUCAUCGAAGACUUGGCCAGCGAGAGCGAGUCCGGCUUCAAGAAGGGCGACAAGGUCUUCGGCCUUGCUUAUGGCGGUGGCUACGCCGAGUAUAUCGCCGUCAGCACGCAUAUGCUGAUCCACAAACCCGAUGAGCUGAGCUGGGAGGAGUGUGCGGCCAUCCCGGAGGUCUGGAUCACCGCCAUCCAGGCCAUGUAUCUCAUCGGAGGCUUUGAGCCCGGCAAGUCCAUCUUGUGGCACGCCGGUGCGUCUUCGGUAUCGAUCGCAGGCCAGCAACUGUCUGUCGGUAACGGAGCUUCCGCCGUCUACGCCACCGCCCGCUCGGAUGACAAAUGCGACUUUUGCGUCAAGAAGCUCGGAGCUACCGCAGCCUACAACACCACCAAGGAGAAGUGGGACGAUGCUGUCUUGAAAGCAACGGACGGAAAGGGAGUCGACAUCAUCAUCGACUACAUCGGCCCCGAAGCUUUCGAGGGCAAUCUCAACGCCGCCGCCCGCGAUGGCCACAUUGUAAACCUGGCCACGCUAUCCGGCACCAAACUGCCUGCGGGCGCGAACCCGGAUUUCGGCGCUUUUGUUCGCAAGAGAUUACGUUACGAAGGCAGCAGCUUGCGCUCGCGAGACGAGCAUUAUCAAGGUCGCUUGAGGGAUACUCUAGUUGAGACUGCUCUGCCCAAAUUCAAGGAUGGCACGUUCGAGGCGCACAUUGAGAAGGUCUACGAUUGGAAGGAUAUCCAGGAUGCCCACCGACAGAUCGCAGCCAAUAAGACCAUGGGCAAGCUCAUUUGCGUGAUCCCGGACAACUAG